GAGAACAAGUAUAUGCUAACUCUCUUCAUCCAGGUCUUGUAGAUACCAACAUGUUAAGAAGAAACGAUUUAUCUUUCCCAGAAACUAUUAUGUCUUCAUCAAUUUCGACUGAAGAUGGAGCUAUCACUACCUUAUAUUGUGCUACCAGUCAAGAAAUAGAAGAGAAAAAUUACCGCGGAAAGUAUUUUGAUUCAUUCGGUGUAGAAGGUGAAAAAUCUUCAUACACUGAAGAUGAAGAUUUGGCCAAGAGGCUUUGGGAAUUUACGGAGAAUUUGAUAAGCGAGAAAUUAUCGCAAAAUUAA